AUGACCCCCGAGGUGACCCAGACUUACCGCGGCGACACGCUGCGCUCGGAGUCUCAUACAUGUUUGUCUCGUGCGCUCGAACUCACACCGGAGGGCCAUCCGGAUUUGCCCCGUCGUCAUGCUGAUCUAGGGGCGUCAUAUGGCGAUCGAUAUCGGCGCCUAGGCGUGCUUGCUGACCUUGACAAGGCGAUUGAAUGGGAUUCUAGUGCACUCGAUCUGACUCCCGAGGACCACCCAGACUUGUCACGCCGGCACGCUGCUCUAGGAGCGUCAUACGGUGACCGAUAUCGACGUCAGGGCGAACUCGAGGACCUCAAAAAGGUAGUCGAAUAUAACUCUCGCGCACUCGCCCUCACUCCCGAUGGUCACUCAGAGAUGCCAUCUCGACAUGCCGCCCUAGGAGCCUCAUAUAGCGAUCGAUACCGACGCCUGGGAGACCUUGUUGACCUCGAAGAGUCGAUCAAAUGUGAGCAUCGCGCACUGGCACUUACUCCCGAUGGCCACCCAGAGUUGCAAUUCCGGCAUUCUGCUCUAGGAGCGUCAUAUAGCGAUCGUUAUCGACGCUUGGGCGAGCUCACCGACCUCGAGAAAACAAUCGAAUGUUUAUCUUGUGCACUCAAGCUUACUCCCCAGGGUCACCCGGUACUACCACGCCGACAUGCUGAUCUGGGAGCCUCAUAUACUGACCGAUAUCGGCGCCUGGAGAGCUCGGACACUGAUUUGCCACGCCGCUAUGCUGAUUUAGGAGUAUCGCACAUUGACCGAUACCAACGCUUGGGAGAGCUCGAUGACAUGGACAAAGCGAUCGAGUAUGGGACCAAGGCACUCCAUCUUACUCCUAACGGCCACCCACACCUGCAAAUGCGCCAUGCAACUCUUGGGGUUUCUUAUGGCGAUCGUUAUCGACGCAUGGGUAAAAUAACCGACCUCGACAACGCAGUUGAACACUUCUUCGUGCCCUCAACUUACUCCAGAGGCGACCGAUACCGACGCCUGGGCGAGCUUACUGACCUCGAGAAUCCAUCAAAUGUAAUUCUUGUGCGCUCAAGCUUGCCCCCGAAGGCCAUCCGCAUCUCCCGCGUGGCAUACCGACCUAGGAGGGGUCACUUGAGUGCAGGUCUAUUGCUCUUGAACUCACUCCCGAGGGUCACACACUUUGCACGCCGACAUGCUGAUCUAGGAGCAUCAUACACCGAUAGGUAUCGACACCUGGAUGAACCUGCUGACCUUGAAAAGGCAAUUGAACUGGACUCUCGUGCACUUUCACUUACCCCUGAAGGUCACCCAGACUUACCACGCCGGUAUGCUGCUCUGGGGGUGUCAUAUGGGGAUCGAUACGAACGCAUAGGUGCACUCUCCGAUCUCGACAAAGCAAUCGAAUGUCACUCCAACGCACUUAGCCUGACUCCCGAUGGUCAUCCGCAUUUAUCUUCGCGACACUACAAUUGGGCCACUUCAUACCAUUACCGAUAUCAGCACACAUGA